AUUUAUUUUAUUGUCAUGGAAUUAUCGGCGAAUCGUUUAUCUUGGACUUUCUUCAUAUUUUUAUGUUUUUUUACUCAAUGACUAAGUAUUUUUAUUGGAAUAUUCCGUACGACAGAUUUUUAAUUCUACAAGACUCGCUUAGCGAUAGAAAAUUGGAAAUGCGAAGUAUAUUUUUAUAAAUAUAUAAACAACGAAUUUUAACAAAUAUGGCAGAAUUGCCGAUCGUAGAGAAGCAGCGAGCUACAAGGUACUUUUUAUAUUUAUAGAAAUUAAACAUUGAUUUUGAUACUUAGGGAAUUAUAAAAUACAUAUUAAUUCAACUCCCAUGGGUAUUUAUAUAAGACUAACAAUUUUAAUAUGAUUUUGUUAAUAGAUCUCGCAUGACCAGUCGUUGAAAUUUGUAAAACCUGUUUGAAUUCUGGUUUUGUCCUGUUGAAACGAGUUAAAAGCUGCAUAUUUUGCGCGAUACUUUAUGAAAUAUAGAGCUAUGUGUAUUCUACUAAUGCUAGUAAAUUCUGCGCCGUAGGCGCCUGGCAGUUUUGCGUUAUAUUGUGUUAUAAAAUGGAAUAUUUUGUCAAUAUAUUUUAUUAUUUUCUCAUAUAUAUGUAUAUAGCAGCCAUUGUUCAAUACUCAAUACAGUCCAUAUAGUAUACAUAAUGUGGUUUCAACCAGUAUUAAAUUGCAUGUCAUUGUCAUUGUCAACUUAGACAUGUUGACACUCAGAAAGGAGCAGAAAAAUUAACUACUUCUUUGCCAGGGUGCGUUCCAUGUAAUCUCUAUGCUGAAGAUACGCCAAUAUUAACUAUAGAUAGUAUUGUAAUUUGCCAAACUCACACCAAAGAUCUUUGGCGUAUUGCACUUAAAAUGCACCCUGGCUUAUUUGUUACCUAUUACAAGUUUACUACAUGAAUCGAACUUUGAUUAUUUUCUAUAUUUACUAUAGUGAACCGAACUUUGAUUAUUUUCUUGUUCUGUCACUUGAUCACUACUGAACAGUUCAACAUUGGUUCAUUCCAGCUGCACACCCUUCCACACAAAGAAAUUGGAGGUUAUCUUCUCUCCCCCUUCGGACUAGACUUGCUCCAAGUCUCUUUCAUGGUCUUUCUGUAUCGAUCCACUGUAGUGUACAUAGUGGAUCGAUGCAUUUUACUAUUACCAGAAGUCAAUUUUACAUGCAUGUAGCCCUCCUUUUCGUCUGUGUGACAUUAGUUAAAGCCUAUAAUCUGUCAGUCAUGAAAGCGAUCGGCUCUGUGACACACUUUCUGGAAGAGUGUAUUGUGUGAGUCAAAAGGUCUGGCACUAGUAUGUAAUUCUUACAUAAUUUGUUCCAUUUGUAGACAUUCAAUUUGGAACAAGCUUUCGGAUUUUGCAAAUGUUUUCAAAGCAUUUAUUGGGUGUAACUAUUUGUCUGUACCAUUUGCUUUCAAACAAAGUGGAUUCUUGGUAAAUAUACACUGGUCUGAUUUCAACAUUUCUGACAAAUAACAAUAUAUUGACCAAUCCAGGAGUUAUGUAAUUGGGCAUGGCUUUGAAAAGAUGGGUGUGGCAGGAGCAUUGAAGUGAUGUUCAGCAAUAACUCACUGAAAUCAUUUUUUCUCGCUGUAAUGCAUCUUCUUCUAACAUGAAACAAUUUUACUCACCAAUGUGAGAGUGCUAGACAUUAACCCUUUAGUUGAGGCCCACCAGAAUGCAACCCAGGUCGCUUGUCACUCAUUUUGUAACUUCUUUGUCGCUUGCUUUAUUGUAACAAAUGUCAAUUUUACUUAUCAAGGGGAGAGCGCUGGCGCUUAAUGGGUUAACUAGCCUAUCUGCCCAUGUGUCUAGUUAACCCAUUGAGUCGCAUUGCGCCCUACUUCUUUGUUUUACUCUGUCUAACGGCAGACAAUUUUACUUGUCAAGGGGAGAGCACUGGCACUUAAUGGGUUAAGGAAUGUCGCCUGUCGGUCAUAACCCCUAGGUGGCCUUGAUGUGCCCUUUAUUAUUUUACUCUGUCUAACGGCAAACAAUUUUACUCAAUCUAAUCAAGGGGAGAGUGCUGACUAUGUGCUGGCACUCAAUGGAUUGAUUGGUUACAAAGCACACCUAUGAGAACUGUCCACAACAGUCUCCACAUAGCAGUUCUGUCAAUCAUUUCUGUUUCUCUUACAUUGCAGCUUGGCAUCAUCGGCCUGAUCAUCAUUGCCUACAUCACGGACCAUUGUUGCGUCCUGAUUGUAAAAUGCAAGAAAGCCGCAAUUGAUCAAAUCAUGAACUCAACCUACUACUGCCCGUAUGACGGGGAGAGCGAAGAAUACCGCAAGGUGGAAAAACAAAAAAUGAAACAAAGACGGAAUUUGGAAUUGGCCAUAACUUACGGCGACUUGGGUCGCAUAGUCCUGGGCCAAUGGGGUAGCCUUAUUGUUAACGCAGCCUUGAUUAUUACCCAGUUUAGUUUCUGUGUUAAUUAUUUCAUAUUUAUGGGUGAUACAAUUACCAGAAUGUUUCCAUUAGCAGACAAGAAUAAGACUCACACACCAACCCCAGUUCCAAAUUCAACUGCAUUGCUAGGGGAGUCGGCUUCUGACAAGCAUCCGGGCGCACCCAAUGUGAUAUUUCUGAUGUUAAUACCAUUCCCAUUUUUCUUGUUACAAACUUACGUUCGCAAAGUACGAAGCCUCGGACCGCUGAGUGCGAUUGCAAACGCAUGUGUAUUUCUGGGAUUUUUUUCUAUUCUUGGAUUUAUCCUAAAAGGUAGUGUAUAUUCCAGUUACUCUUUUAAAACACAUAAAAACUUCUUUUUUUUUUAAAAACUUUUUCCACACAUAUUAUAUGUUACCGGUUGGGAGAACCUCAAUCUUUGAGAUUACAAAAUGUUGGUCUCAAACUCAUUAAUAAUUCAUGAGAUUGAGUAGAUUAGCCAACCAUAUUGCUUUAAUUUGCUCACAUGGUAAUACUGGAUACCUGGUGAAGCAUAUUGAUUCAGUCCCCUCACUUUAAGGGGCCGAUUAUAUGGAGAACUUUCAACCCCGGGGUUGAACUCAGCCCUGUUAACCAGGUUGAAAUUUUUUGCGAUUACAUGGACGAUUUCAACCCCGGGGUUGAAACGCUAUACUAUACGUUCUCGGCAUCGAUUCCCGGAAGUAAAAAAGCCUUUAUUUUGUUUUCUUGUAAUAAAUAGUCACUACCACGUAUGCUCGAAUAACUCAUGAUAAUUUCAGCCCUGGGUUGAAACGGUUACAUGACUGAAGCAGGGUUGAAAUUUCAACCCCGGGGUUGAACUCAGCCCUGGGUUGAAAAUUUUGUCAUGUAAUCGUGCGUUUGAUUUUGAUAGAGUUUUGUAUUACAGACAGAGCUGAAAUUUCAACCCGGUAAACAGGGCUGAGUUCAACCCCGGGGUUGAAAAUGCUCCAUGUAAUGGGCCCCUAAGUAGUGAUUUAUUCGUAUGAGCUAGAUGUCAUUUCAAAUCCUCCAAUUCGGAUUGGCCUAGAUUUCAAGUAAAAUGUGCGGACUUGAAAUCUAGUAAAAGUUGCGCGGAUUUGAAAUCUAGUCUAGUCCUCAUACUCAUAGUCGGAUUUCAUUGAAGUAUUACUUCAGUGUUAUUUGGCGUAUUGUUCGGUGAAAGUUUCCAUUGAUUUUAUGCAAGUUCGUUUAGAUGGAUUAUCAGGCCCAUUCUAAUAAAUCCGACCAUUUGUUUAAUAAUUUCUAUUCUUUGAAGGUAUUGAUUUCAGCAACGUUUACAAAGUCGACAUGUGGAAAUUCUCGACAUUUCCAAUUUUCUUUGGUCAAAUUAUUGGAGCUUAUGAAGGCAUCGGAACAGUUAAGUGACGAAAAUUUUUUACUUGAUGACGACCUUUUUGUCUUUUUCAACUUAAUAAGUUCUUGGCCGCAAAUCAAUUAAAAAACCUUAUUUCUUAGCCAUGUUUCCUGAAGAUGGGUAAACUAUAGGAAACAUUGUUUCCCGAUUUGUCCACCUUUGGGAAACAUGGCUAGGAAACAAUGUUUCCUGUUUCAGAACCAUCGGCUCAGAGAUACGAAAAACCAGUUUCACAUUAUUCUAAUAAUAUGAAACUGUUUCCUGGGUUCUCCAUCUUCAGGAAACAUGGCUAGGAAACAAUGUUUAUAAAACUACUUUAUAUUUAUUUACUGCUUUAUAAAACAAAAAUUCUCGUCUUAUUUUAGAUUAUUCCAAUCGAAGCAAGCAUGAAAGAGAAUCGCAAAAACUUUCGCAACUAUCUUCACGGCGCUAUACUACUCCUUUCUAUUAUUCUUGGAACUUUUGGAAUAUUUGGCUACAUUCAUUUCACCGAUGACGUUGAACAAUUAAUCAGUGACAACCUCCCCUACGGAACAUUGUCAAUAAUAGUUCAAAUAACCUUAUGUGUGGGCAUACUGUUUACGUAUCCCUUGCAAAUAUUCCCGGUGGUUCAAAUUGCGGAGAAUUUCUUGUUUAAAGAGACGAAAGAGCGUAGCACGUUUACCGCAAGUUUUAACAGCGAGCAUGCGAGUAUACACUCUGGUACCCCGGGACUUCAAUAUGGGAACAUAACGCCGGGGGAUGAAAGUUCAGGUGAUGAAAGUUCCGAUACGGCGGAGCAGAAUUCCGCGAACAGAAGCGCGGAGGAAAUGGGUUCUAUUUCGAAAGGUGGUUAUAGCUUGUUAGUUCGAAGGCCUGGAGGCUUGUGUUCGUGUGAUAUGGUUAGUGAUUGAACUGGAUAAUUUAUACUGGAUAAUUUAUACUGGAUAAUUUUAUAGGCUCUGAACUGUUCUUCCUAGAGGUCCAGUAAGGAUCAUCUCUUAUUGAUCCAGUGUUACUACAGGAGGAAACCUGAACUAAACUAACUUUAUUUAUAAUGGAUAGCUCUAUUAGUUCUAAACUGUUCUUCCUAGAGGUCCAGUAAGGAUCAUCUCUUAUUGAUCCAGUGUUACUACAGGAGGAAAUCUAAAAUAAAGUAACUUUACAGUAUCUAUACUAUAUAGAUAUCUAUCAGUUCUAAACUGUUCUCCUAGAGAUCUAGUAAGGAUCAUCUCUUAUUGAACCAGUGUUACUACAGGAGGGACCCUAAACUAAAUUAAAUUUAUUUAUACUGGAUAGCUCUCUCAGUUCUAAACUGUUCUUUCUAGAGGUCCAGUAAUUAAGGAUCAUCUCUUAUUGAUCUAGGGUUACUACAGCAGGAAACCUAAACUAAACUAACUGUAUUUAUACUGGAUAGCUCUAUUAGUUCUAAACUGAUCUCCCUAGAGGCUAGAGGUCCAGUAAGAUCCUUCCUGAACAAUGUAAACAAUCAUUUCUAAACAAUCUUAUUCCACCUUACAGGGCUGGUCAACCUGGAAACGAAAUAUCGUGCGUACAAUUCUAGUGAUCUUGUCAUUUGGUGUGGCGUACGUUUCCCGAAACUAUUAUGCAUAUAUUGCGGCGAUAUCUGGCUCAAUAGGCAGUUCCUUACUGGCGUUUAUUUUGCCCUGUAUAUUUCACUUGAUUAUAAAGAGAGACACACUGCCAACCUAUAUCGUGGCUAAAGAUAUAUUGCUCAUCAUUUUCGGGAUAAUUGCAGGAAUAGUCGGUUUUGUUACAACUUUAAUCAAAAUUAUAAAAUAAGUUAAUAUCGGUGUUUCACGGUAGGUAAUGUAGGGAGGCUCAGAUGUGACUAUCACUGUACCUCUUACAGGCUUAAUACGCAUUUGAUUGGUAGAGUAAAUGCAUUUGAUUGCAGGUCAAUAGUAGUGGUAGGGGACGCGGUCGAAAUCUGAACAUCUCUAAUAUUACAAAAAGAGAUUUGAUUUUUAAUUUUAUAUAACGAAUCCAGGGUGUAUUACUCCGAAAAAAAUGGUCUUCUGUCAAUCACAACGAUAUUUCGAAAGUUUUGUUAUUUGACAUCGUUUUGAAGGAAGAUUAUAUAGUAAGUUUGAAAAUUUAGAUUAGGAUUUUGCAAUUUCUAACAUUGUUUGGUUUCACAUUGGUUGAUAAUUUGGUAUAUUUUCGGAUUUUUAAUAAAAUAUGCGAAAACAUUUUUCGAGUGAUAUGCCCUCGUUUUAUAACGUAAGUUUUUAAAAUUUAGAAUAUACGAUAUGC